AUGGCUGCCCAUCUCUGGAAAUCUUGCAGCAGACGCAACUUCUUCUGCGAGAACCCAGACAUUGGCAGCGGUGUCGCUCUGCGAUUCGCCAAGGGACAGUAUGUGGUUUGUCCGGCCACAGACGAGCGACUCGGCUUGUUCUGCCGUGCCGUGGCGAUUCUCAACGUUGAGGCUGCCAUGACCAUCACUUCCUCUGUCGUUUCUGCCAUCAACUCCCGACUAGCUCCUGGUACCGAGCAGAUCCCGAUCACUCCCUCUCAACACAUCCAGGUGGUCGAUACGAUGGAGCAGCUCGCUGGUGCGAGAAAAGCGCAAAACGCCUGCUUCAUUCGCCGCGAAAAUACUGUGGUCACCUGGUGCGAUCACGUCGAGCAGCUCGAGGAGCGUGCACAAGACCUCGAGGAGAAGAUGAUCAAGUUCGUCUGGAGAAGCUCGUUCGCCAACAACUCGAGAAAUAUUGUGGCGGCUGCCUCUAGCUCGAGUGUCAUUGACACGGCUAUGAGCGAAUUCAACCAGAACCAGGCCCGCUUUCGAUCCCUGUCGAGUGCAGGUCACAGCACACCGUUCUACGGUGCUGGUGCAGGCUCUGAGGCUCACUCGAUUACUCCUUCGAACCCUUUCUCCGAGUCUCACGCCCUCAACGGCCCGCCAGAAAGUGCCCGCUCUGCCACCGGUGCGCCUUGGGGCAACAACACGGGCAGCGAUCCCGAGAAGCAAGAGAAGCCGGCUACGGAGGAGAGACCACUCAACUACCAGGCUCCGCUGCAGCACGGUCUGGCUGUCGGUCUGGACGUGGUUCUGUGCUUCCUCUUCAUCUCGAAGCUCUUCGAGUAUUCACUCAUUGACGGCAGUUGGGCCAAGAUGGGUCUAGCUGCUCUCACGAUCUUGAUGUUCCCCGUCAUCAUGUUCUUCUGUGACAAUGUAAUCGGUGUCAUCUUCCAGAUCCUCGGUCCCAUCCGUCAGAUCCACCAGAACUCUCGAUACUAUUCGGGUAAGCCUCCCACACGAAUCAGUAGCCAGCUUCCUCACAUCACGAUCCAGAUGCCAGUCUACAAGGAGUCGAUGGAAGGUGUGCUUAUCCCUACCAUUGAGUCGGUCAAGAAGGCAAUCAGCACCUACGAGCUUCAAGGUGGUACUGCUUCGAUCAUUGUCUCGGAAGACGGUAUGCAACUCGUCUCCCAGGCUGAACAGGCUCUCCGCCACGAGUUUUACGAGAAGAACAACAUCGGCUGGGUUGCACGACCAGGUCACGGCAUAGACGGCUACCUUCGAAAGGGUCGCUUCAAGAAAGCUUCGAACCUCAACUUCACUUGCCACCUCUCGCUGGCUGUGGAGAAGACCAUAUCCGAGCACCAUCGCCAAACACCUCAAGCACUUGCCGUUUGGACUGAAGCCGAUGAAACGGAUCUCUACAACAAAUGCUUGCAAAAGUGCCUCCCCGAGCUUCACCCUCUUGCUCAAGCCCGGGGCAACGUUCGAAUUGGCGACUUGGUUCUCCUCAUCGAUUCUGAUACUCGUGUUCCAGAGGACUGCCUGCUCGAUGCUGCUUCUGAGAUGGUCCAGUGCCCCGACGUUGGUGUUUUACAGCACUGCUCCGGUGUCAUGAUCGUCUCAGACAGCUACUUCGAGCUUGGUAUUUCCUUCUUCACUCGUCUCGUCAACUUUGCCAUUUCGUACAUGGUCGCUGCAGGAGACAUGGCUCCUUUCAUGGGGCACAACGCUAUUCUUCGAUGGUCGGCAAUGCAGGAAGCCUCUUUCAUUGACCCUGAGGAUGGUAUUCGCAAGAUCUGGUCCGAAUCUCACGUAUCUGAAGAUUUCGACAUGGCCCUUCGUCUGCUGAUGAGCGGCUACAUCACCCGAUGGGCUACCUACUCAAACAACGGCUUCGAAGAGGGUGUGUCGCUAACUUGUGACGACGAGCUGAACAGAUGGCAGAAGUACGCUUUCGGUUGCUCGGAGCUCAUCUUCCACCGCAUCUGGGAAUGGCCUUACCGUGGACCGUUGACCAAGCUCUUCCGCACCUUCCUGUUCAGCAACGCGCCGGUGCACUACAAGUUCUCUGCCUGCUCUUACAUCUUCUCGUACUACGCUAUAGCUUGUGCCUUCCCCCUGACCCUUGCUCUCUACCUCGUCCAAGGUUGGUUCUACCCGAGCCUGUUGCCCUUGUUCCUUGCUCCUUUCCAGAUCUGGGUCGCUGUGGUGGUUGUGUUCACAGCAGGAGGUAACGUCGGCCAGAUCCUUGCAAGGUACCGUGCCAAGGUCGACGGUCUGUUCCCCCUUAUUAAGGAGCACGUCAUCUGGAUCCCUUACAUGUUCAUCUUCUUCGGUGGUCUCUCGUACCACGUGCUUACCGCACUGCUAGCACACCUUGUUGGCUACAACAUGAGCUGGGGUGCCACCAUCAAGGACUUGGAGGACAGCAACUUUUUCAUUGAGAUCCCCAUCAUCCUGAAGAGGUUCUGGAAGACCUUGAUCCUUGCGAUCGCCUGCAUUGCCGCUGUGAUCGUGUUCCAGCUGAGCAACGUACUGCCUUUGGAGUGGCAGAUCCAAGGCUUCUUCAUCUUCUGGCCCCUUUUGCUGACUUCGAUCCUUCACAUCCUUUACCCUGUCGCACUCAACCCUGCGCUUUUGCGUUUCUCUUUCUAA